CAAGAAAUCAAUCAAGAAUUAACCGAAAUAGAAAACGAACCUUCUACUCCACCUCCUCCCAAACCCUCCGCAACUACUUCUUUAAAAAUCACGGAAACCGAAACUAAACUAAAAGUCGCUAAAAAGAAACUAGAAAGAAAACAGCAGGAAGUAAAAAAAGCCCAGCAAAAGGCUCAAAGUCAACCAAGUAAACAAAACCAACAAAAAUUAGAAGAAACCCAACAGGAAAAUAAACAGGCUCAACAGGAAUUUCAAGCAGCCCAAGAACAAUUAGCCAGUUUAGAAAGUCAACAAGCUUUCGAAGAAACCUUAGAAAAAAAGCAAGAGGAAAUUCAAGAACAACAGCAGGAAGAAGCUGGUAGUCAGCCAUCAAUAAUAGAUGAAUACAACAUUUUCUCUAAUUCAGGAGAAUUAAAAACCCAACAAUUAGAGGAUUUAAAAACAGUUAUUCAAAUCAAAGAAGAAACCUACCAAAAAGAAUUAGAAAUCCAAAAAAAGGCCGAAAAUUUACAAAAGGCCACGGAACUUGAAGAAAAACUAAAAGCAGUCCAGGAAAAUUUGGAAUUAGAAAAAGCCGAUAAAUUACUCAGCCAAGCGUUAGAAGAUAACAAAAACCAAACCACCAGUCCUUUGCUUUUGAAUAAGUUAGAUAAAUUGCCCUCUGCUAGUGAAGAAGAAUUAGAAAUUAUUAGUCAAUUAUAUUUAACUGUCAAAAAAUUUGCUCUUCUGGCUUCCCAAGCCCAAUAUUUAUCUAUUAAUGAAAGAGAGCAAAUAAUCGAAAAUUUCCCUAAUUUCAGCCAAGACUUAAAAUUAAGGCUAGUUAAUUCCGGACUUAACAGUUUAGGCAUUAAUACUCUCAAUAAAAAAGGACAAUUAGUAGAAUUAAAUCAUGCCCUCCACCAAGAAAAAGCCAAUUUUGGUUUAACUCUCAAAGAAAAAGAAAAUAUUCUCCGAAUGUUUAUUAAUGAAUUAGAUUUAACCAAAGAGCAACAGCAAGCAUUAGAACAAGUGGGAGUAAGAUUUUUCAAUGCUUCCGAGUGGGUAAUUGAGGAAGAUCAAAAACAACCAUUACUAAAAGCAGGUUUGAGCAGAGUGAUACUGACUGAGGAACAAAAAACUCAACUAAUUAAUUUACACCCUGAUACUUUUCGCAUCUUUCCUUUAAACGAACAGCAAAAAAAUAUUCUCCAAGCCCUAGCCCCUUUAACUCGUGAAGAUAAAUAUUCCGAGGAUGGUUUACAAAUAGUAAGGAAAUUGGAAUUAAAACCAAGUAGUCAAAACUUUUUAGUAAAUGAAGAAAUAAUCCCUAAUCCUAAUUUAGAUUUCGGCGAAAUAAAAAGCCCUUAUUUGCCUUUAAAAAUUAGUUUUCUUGGAGGAGAACAAAAAAUAUUAAGAAAAGAACGGGAAGCCCAAGAAAAACAAUUACGAGCCGAAGAAAUAUUAGCCAAUAAGCAAUCCAUAAUUACUUCUUUAUUAGAGGAUAUAUUAUUAACUUGCGGAUUAAAAACUAUUCCCCGCUACCACUUCUGGGAAAUAUUAAUUUUUGCCGUAGAGAAUUUUACUUCUUUAACUUGGCAAAAUAAUAGCCAAGAAGACCAAAAAGAAGCCGUUAGAAAAGCAAUUAAAACUUUAUCUAAUGACACACUGCUUUCCCAUCAACAAUACGCCGAAUUAUCAACUCUUUUAACUAAAUAUCCCAACAAAAAAUAUGCUUCCAGCCAAAACCCAAAAGAACGAGAAAUAUUUAAGGAUUUAAAUCUUGAAGAACUGAUAAAUGAAAAAAUUAAUCAAGCCUUAGCCGGUUAUCAACCAAAGGAAGUGUUUUAUGAUAGUGAAGAGGAAUUAGAGAACCAAGCAUUAGAAAAAACUGCGGAGCAGACAAAUACUCCUUCAACUUCCCGUUAUGAUGACUUACUGACUAAUUUAGAUAAAGAAGAAGCCGAACGACAACGGAAGAAAUUGGAGCGAGAGGAAGCCCGCAAAAAACUAGAAGAAGCCGAAUUAAAAAGACGAGAAGAAAAAUUAUCCGAAAAAGACCGCAAACUCAAAGAACAGGAAGAACAAAGAAAACGGGAAAAAGAAUUAGCCGAAUUAGAAGAAAAGAAACGGCAAGAACAAAAAGCGUCCCGGGAAAAAGCCCUAAAAGAAGAACAAGAAACUCAUUUAGCCAAUCAGAAAAGAAUUAUUGAAGAACAACAGCAAGCCCGGCAAGAAGCCUUUAAUAAUCAGCAAAAAGAAGCCGAGUUAGCCGAGGAGAAAAAAAGAAAAGAUAUUGAAAACCUGGAAAAGCAAAAUCAGUUUGCUAAGGAACAAUUAGAGAAGCAAAAAGAACUCUUGGAAAAAGAAACCCAGGAAAAAUUAAAAAAUAUUGCUGCGGAAGAUGAAAAAGAAAGACAAAAGAUAUUGAAACAACAGCAAGAACGAGAAAUAGCCUUGGAAAAUGAGAGAAGAGAAAAUGAAAGAAAUCUCCAAGACCAAAAACAACGUUGA